AAGCUGAUUGGCUAUCCGGGCUUGCACUUCCGCUUGUGGGAUUUGUACGGCACUUUUUGCGGUAACGGCUGUCCUGUGAGAGAGAGAUGCUACAGCAGAUAGUGAGCUCGUGAGAAAAUGGCGGCUCCGUGGACUAACGACAAGGAGGAGGAGUUCGUGGCCAUGAUGGAGGGAAAGCCGGAGUUAUUCGACAACACGGAGAUGAACUUCACCAACAAGACGGCGAAGAUGAACGCCUGGCUGGAGCUGGCUAAACACUUCCAGAUCAGCGAGAAGGAGCUGCGUAAGAAAUGGGACUCUCUCAGGACUCAGUACAGCAGAUACACCAAGAUGAUGUACGGAUCGGACGGACGCUUCUUCACCCCGAGGCAGCAGUGGAUCAUGCAGCGCCUCAAAUUCCUCGAUCCUCACAUCAAGCGCAGGAGCAACUACUGCACCGACCUGGACUACGAGGUGACAGUGGUUGAGAACGGCUGUGAGGACUCGAGCCCCGCCCAGGUGGACGUGGAGAUCGAGGCGGACAGUCUGAACAAGCUGGAGAUGAACCUGGACACGUCCAAGCUCUCCAAACAACUCUCUAAACGUGCGUUCCAGGAUGAGGACGAGGACGAAGUGCGUUCCUGCGGAGCCAAGAAACCCUGCUCUGACAAGCCCAGCCCACAGAUGUUCCCCAAAACAUCUGUCUCCAAGCGACAGUGCGACGAGGACGAUGAGGACGAAGAGUCGGACUCUGCGAGUCUGAGGAGGAUCGUGUGCAGCACCAUGGAGGAGAAGAAGGACGAGCGCUGGGACGGUUUCUCCGUGUAUGUCACUUCCUGUUUGCGCAGCUUGAACUCGUCCCGGAGCCGCAUGUGGGCGCAGGAAGACGUGUGCGCCGUGCUGCAGAGACACAUGGAGCGAGACGGCGAGGACGAUGAGGACGGUGCGGGGGACAGGAGCGAGACCUGCAGGAGAACCUGCUCCACCUGCUGCGGCUCUAGGAAGAACAGGAGCGAGGGCGGUGCCGGCAAACUGGCCACGCCCACCACAGACGAUCAGGACGACCUCGAGCCUUUCCUCAAGUCCAUGUCCAUCAUCAUGAAGAGGUUACCUGAGGGUGAGAGGUCAGAGGUUAAGUUCAGGAUCCACGAGCUGGUGCACAAAGCUCAGAUGAAACAUCUAACAGAACAGAAGAGCGAACAGAGGAACAUGCAGAACUCAUCUGCUCUCUGAGUGUGCGCACACACACACACACACACACACACACACCCCCCAGUGGCACUUUUGUAUACAGCUUUAUAACACUCUCUUUUUUUAACUUAUAAAUAUAUAUAUUUCAUAAAAAGGUCCGUGAGGAAUAAAUCAGGAAGAUUCUCAGAUCUUCUCUUCAUAGUGUUUUCUGCUGGAACAGGAAAAACGCUGGAGAUCUUCAAAAACAUAAAAUAAACACUGUUUCUACUUUUUAUAUUAAAGUUAAAACCUCCAGCUCCAGGCUCAGGGUUGCCAGGUUCAUCAGGAUCCCUCACAGCUGUGCUUCUUAUGAGAGACAGAGACAGAGAGACUUCACUGAUCCUGUGAGACAAAACCACACUGAAUAUUGAAUACAGAUGUGUAUAACAUUGGAAAAUAAAAGAAAACUGGAGCAAUAAAAGAGGUGUGAACGUGAUGGUGAAUAUUUUAAAGAACCUGUGUGUGAGGUGAAGAGUGGGUUGAGAUGCUGGCGCAGGCGUGUUCCUUGAGCUGUUAUUCAGGGUUGUGGUAAGACUGAUUUCCUCAGACAUUCUUCACAGCAGCAGAGGGAGGAGAGUCAGUUAGAU